GUAGUCGACAUUUAGAAACUUUUGACUUAAUAAAAGGAAAAAAUCACCUUUGUCUUCGUAUGUGAUGAUGAACUACUACACAAGCUUUGGUUGUCACAAACACAGCAGUGUUGUUACGAGCGGCCGGACCUGUCUCCAUUAUUACCCCUUUUUAAAAUAUACUAACUUGACUUUAUCUCAUCUACUCUCCCCUUUAGGGACAGUUAACCCUACACACUUGAGGUUUGGUGUUAAUUUACUAACAAUAUGUUGGUGUAACGUGUUUAAAGCUGCCUCCCGGAACUGAAACAACGUAAAUAUAUCUGCCCACAAACUGUGAAUUUAAUCGUUUUGUUGGUAAAUUCAAAUCUUUUUGAAUCUUACUAACUUUUUCAGACUCGAUUUCAAUUUCAGACUCGAAAAUGUUUGUAAAAGGCUGCAAAAACCAACUAUAGCAAAGUUAACUCCUUUGUUGGACGAAUGAUUAAGCGUUGUCCUGUUAUAUCUUUCAAAAUAAAAUCACUAACCGUAAAGCCUUUUUUACGUUAAUAAAAGCGUCACACAGUAUUCAUUUUGUUUAACAUAAAUUCGUGAUCAAACAUUUUGACUUGAGUACUUAGAAUUAGGUUAUGAAAUUGCGAUAAACGUUUCGUAUACAAAUUUAGAAAAAUGACUAAGACCAGCGCAUUUAAUAGUGGUUUUUAUGUAGUAAACGUACAUUCUUGCAGUCAUUUUGUGUGUCUUUGUUGUUAUUUUGCAUAUUUUCGUAGUCACUGGACUGAUUUGAACAAGAAAUAGCUUUUCUAACAGUCUCCAGUACACGGGCCUCCUGACCACUAGGGUUUUUUUUAUUUUGAAAUUCGCACACAACAUCCGGCCUUGGCCUCGUGUAGCUUGACCCCCUCCGGUUUAUCCCGUUAGUGAUCCGUGUCUCGGGAUCCGCUGAGUAGCCUGGCCCGGGCCAACGCGAAGCCAGGACUGGGGGUUCGGUCUGUCUGUCGUCGCUGACAGACACCUUGAAACGACCACUGUCGUUAUCCAGCUCUCCGGAGCAGCAUCGGCAGUUCGUCCGUUUAAUUCCCGUUACAAUGACUGCUCUCUCUGAAUGAGACGUUUGAGGACCGACAGACAAACGGGCGCCAGGCCGGCGGCGAAGUGAGGAGUACCGCAGCCUUGCGUCAAAGCCAGCUAAAGCUAAACCCUGUUAGGACAAGUCAGCAAGAAAGACGGGUAACAGCCACGUUACCCCGGUAGCUAGCCAGCCAGCCAGCAGACAGGUUAUUUUUGGCACGGUUGCUGCCGUACACAUGCUCCGCUUUAGUCGUGUGAGCUAGCCCAACAUCUGUGCGAAAUCUGUCGGUGUUGGCGGUUUCAUUAGAAAUACGGCUAAUCUUGACACGUUAUCUGGUGGUAUUCUGUGGUAUUUCCACUACAUAGCUACAUGAAACCAGAUCAUUUAAGCCAAGGUAAAGCUAGGGAAUUUCGGUUAAUUGCGUAACACCUUGUUGAAUUUAAGAGGGAGCCCCAUAAGCUAACAUAUGAGGCCCGGCUGAAAAAAAAAAUGGACCUGAAUUUUUAUUCGGAUUUAACGGACGGUACCGGCCAGCACGACGGUGAUCCGGAGUUCCUGGAUCCGCAGUCGUUCAAUGGAUUUGACUCUGACAACAAGUUCCCUGGAGGCAGUGACAACUACCUGACAAUUUCAGGGUCCAGCCACCCCUUCCUCUCCUCUUCAGAGUGUGCCACUAAACCCAUUGACCUCUUCAACCUCGCUGGAUCUGCUGGUGGAACCUUCCACACCCCCAGCCUCGGCGAUGAGGAGUUCGAGAUCCCUCCCAUCUCUUUGGACCCAGACUCAGCCCUCACCGUGUCAGAUGUGGUGUCCCAUUUCGGGGAGCUGUCGGACACUGGUCCAUCCGACAGCGUGGUGGUACCUGGGAACGCUGUGGUUGAAGGGGACGACCCCUCCUUCGCCUCCACUUUUGUGAAUGCCCCCUCACAGGGACUGGAGCACCUGAGUCUCGGGGUCAUGAACCAGGCAGGAGGAAGUGCUUUGCUGGGGUCAUCACUGGGAAUGGAUCUUGGACAUCCCAUCGGCUCUCAGUUCAGCAGCUCGUCUCCAGUAACCAUUGAUGUCCCGCUGGGUGACAUGAGCCAGGGCUUGCUGGGGUCCAACCAGCUGACCACUAUCGACCAGUCAGAGCUCAGCGCUCAGCUUGGACUCGGAUUGGGAGGCGGCAACAUAUUACAACGCACCCAGUCACCUGAACACCCUCUGUCGGCCACGGCGUCGCCCGCCAGCUCACUCCAGGAUGAUGACAUGGAUGAUUUUAGAAGAAGCGUCCUAGUUGAAUCUCCGGUCUCUCUGGCCGUCUCUCCCGGAGUCAUCUCCCUCGAUCCCUCUCUGUCUGAGUCCCCGCUCUCCGCCCCGACCUCCAGUGUCUCUCCAGCCUCUGCACGGAAAGGAGGAGCAGGAGGAGGGAAGAAGGGGAAGAAGAAGAAAGACCCCAACGAGCCUCAGAAACCUGUGUCGGCCUACGCGUUGUUCUUCAGGGACACACAGGCAGCUAUUAAGGGACAAAAUCCCAAUGCUACGUUUGGAGAAGUUUCUAAGAUAGUGGCUUCCAUGUGGGACAGUCUGGGGGAGGAGCAGAAACAGGUUUACAAAAGGAAAAACGAAGCGGCAAAGAGGGAUUACUUGAAAGCACUGGCAGAGUACAGAGCCAGUCAGAUUUCUCAGGCCCCCAUUGAAGUCAUGGACACUGACUCGUCGCCUCCGCCUCCAGCCCCAGCUCCUGCCGUCACAGCCACACCUGUCACCACCCCAGCCGCUCGUCCCACCAGGUCCCAGCAUUACAACCCAGAGGAGAACACCAUCACCAACAUCUGUACCUCCAACAUCAUCCUGGACCUACCCCAGGUCACCACACGCUCCCGCACUGGUGCCAUCAAACCCCAACCUCCACCUGCCGCCACCCCCCCCAAUCCCCCCACUGUCACCAAGAUCAUCAUCAAACAGAUGCAGCUGCCCUCUGGUGGUGUUUCGGUCACAGCGACGCCCGCCUCCUCGCCGCGGCAGCCGCCUCCACUGCAGCAGAUGCAGAGCACCCCUCCUCCACCUCGGCUGCAGCAGAUGGUACACGCCCAGGCCCCUCCACCUCUGCAGGCCAAACCACGAGGUGGAGGUGCAGCUGCCGCCACCGCUCCUCCUCCACUGCAGAUUAAAGUCGUCCCGUCAUCGCGUCAGUUGGACUCAAGUACGCCGAUAAUCGUGACAUCAGCAGGUGAAACACCUACGUCAGUGUCCUCCUCCGCUCUGACGGUGGACGUGGGACAGUCGGCUGCAAUGGUGACGGAAGGAGAGGAAGUGGCAGAGGCGGAAGAAGGGAUGGAGGUGGAGUUGAAUGUUGCCCCCGGCCUGAGCGUGACCCCCUCCUCCAGUCCAAACAUCUGUGUGCGAGCCGGCUGCACCAACCCAGCUGUGGACAGCAAAGACUGGGACAAGGAGUACUGUAGCAAUGAGUGUGUCGCCACACACUGCAGAGAUGUGUUCAUGGCCUGGUGUGCAAUCCGAGGGCAGAACUCCACCACCGUCACAUAGGGAAAGGACACAUCUGACGGAUCAAUGCUACACGGAAAGAAAAGGACAAAGAUGACACAUGAAAUGCAAAUGAACAUAUGAAUGAAUGAAUGGAUGGAUGAAAGCGUGAAUGGAUAAUAGCCAAAUCGGGCUCAGGUAUCGGCACAUAAUGGUUUGUUUUUUAUGUCAUAAUGGGCAGUCAGAAUGUGGUUCUACCAUCCUGCACAAAUGGUUCUCAAGCAGAAAAAAACAAUUAUUUGCAAGUUCUGCAGGGGGAGUGACCUCUCAUAAGAAGGUGAAUGGAGAGAUAAUGAUGCAGGAAAAAUACUGAAGAAAGAACUAGAGACUUGGCUGUGCUGCUCCAGACUUUCCUAUUGAUCAUCUAUUGUGAAUUUAAAAUAUGGACUUCAUACGAAAAAACAAAAAAAACAAAAAGUGCGUUUUUAAUUAUUCUGAAAAGAAAAAAAGUGCAGGAAGGAAAUUAUGAACUUGCAGAUGUAUUCAGUUCAUUUUAUUCAUUUCAGAAAUUCAACUUCAAAUGUGUAUACUUUUCCCUUUACUGACACACUGAGGAUGGAUCAAUGUGAACGAGAUCAGAGAGGUGAUUUUUGUUUAGCUGUUCUUCAGUAAUGUGUGGGUGCUUCUGUGUUGACAGGCCAGUGGCUACUUUAGAGAUUUAAACAACCAACAAGUGGGCAAAGCACAAACAGUCUUAAAGCUAAUUUGGGGAUGAAACGUUUGUAGGAAGUCAUUUUGAGAUGAGGUGGAAGUGAACCUGCCACCAGCCAAAUGCUGUUUGUCACUUUUAAAAGCCACUUUGGGGGGAAAAGAAACUACCAUAACUGAAAGGAUUUUAUUUAUAGCUAAACAGGUGCUAAGAUUCAGGAAAAAAAAAAAAAACUCUAAGGUUCUCUGUUCUCCUCUCCUGCUGAAAUACCCGGCGACGUAAGAGCUUUUUA